AUGAGCUCUCCCACCACCGCCGUUGUGCGCCCUACGGCAUCUUGCACUAUGACUAGGGUCCCUCCCGAGAUCGAGUUAUGCAUCGUCCAAGCUCUGAUAGAGACGCACAAGAGAUCAAAGAAGCCAGGUUUUCGCUUAUCGACAUUUGCUAGCGUAUCCAAAACCUGGCAAGCCCUCAUAGAGAAGGAAACAUACCACCAUAUAAAGAUAGCGCCACAUGAGCUAGACUCCUUCAAACACCAUGUCCGAUCCUAUCGGAAACUACUUGUCAAACAUAUUCUUCUCGAGAUCCCAUAUGACUUCUUCUUGGAUCCCGAUAAAGAUCCGGUUCUGUUUUCGAAAGCGGUGCACGCCCUUUGGCGUAUCCUCUCAAGAUGGAAGACACACCGGGUUACAGUGGAGCUGGGCAUCGUCUCUCGUCAAGCAAGGAGAUUCAUUGAGGCCCGUCACAAUCCUUCUAACCCUUCAAAUACGUUUGACCAACAUUUUUGGUCUAGUUUCGACCUUUGGAACAGUUUAACUUUCCAACAGUCAGGGCUUUUAGUGCCAGAUUCAACAAAGCGGUUGACCUAUUUUGAAGAAUUCCAUACCACAUAUCACCAACAUGCUGGGGCAAUGGUAAUGCCACGACCAAACGCAACACUUCUGAAAUCCAUAUCCCAAGCCGCAAAUCGCCUUGAGCAUAUCUCUGUCUCCUUUGCUUUCGAUGCACAAACAUUCUUCGACAGGCUUAUACGAACGGAGUUCAAGGCACUGAAAACUCUCGCACUUACAUCUUCUUUCAGUGGCACCUCUGAGAGUCUCUUGAUUAAUGCUGCAGAGGCAGUAAAAGAGAUGCCCGCUCUCAAAUUACUGGAGAUCUGGAAUUUCGAAGCUGGCCAUGUUCAAGCUGAUGUUUUCCGGUAUGAGAGACUCGAUCGAUACCAGGGUCGAAUCACUUGGCAGAGCACUAAGCAGCGCAAGAUCUCUUCAAACGUGGAGAGGAGUUGGAAAGAUUUGUUGAGGAGAGGUGAAAACGGGUUCGAUAUCAAGCGUAGCAGUUUUCCGAUGGAUAUCAGAAGUCUCCAGGAUCUUCUACCAAAUUUGAAGUUGCGGGAGCAAAUUCUUCGCAACCUUACCUAA